AUGGUCCAACAAGAGAAUUAUGACAUUGUCAUUGUGGGCGCUGGCCCCGUCGGUCUGCUCUUAUCCCUGUGUAUGUCACGAUGGGGUUACAAGGUCAAGCACAUCGACAACCGCCCAGUGCCGACCGCAACUGGUCGCGCCGACGGUAUUCAGCCGCGAUCUACCGAGAUCCUGCGCAACCUUGGCUUGAAGCGCUCUAUCAUGGCUUAUGAGCCUGCCAAGGUGUACGACGUUGCCUUCUGGGAUCCCAAGAGUGAUGGUUCUGGCAUCGGCCGUACUGGCAGCUGGCCUAGUUGUCCUCGUUUUAUUGAUACCCGCUACCCUUUCACCACCCUAGUCCACCAGGGCAAGAUCGAGCGUGUCUUCUUGGAUGAAAUCAAGAAGGCCGGCACAACCGUCGAGCGGCCAUGGACCAUCGUUGGCUUCAAGAACGACGGUGUGGACGCUGAUUACCCUGUUGAGGUCAACCUGAAGUGCCUGGAUACCAAUGUCAUCGAGAAUGUGCGCGCCAGGUACUUGUUCAGUGGCGAGGGUGCCCGCAGCUUCGUCCGUGAUCGGCUUGACAUCAAGAUCCACCAUAAGGAUCCUAUUGCCUAUGUUUGGGGCGUUAUGGACGGUGUCGUACGCACCAACUUCCCCGAUAUCGAGACAAAAUGCACCAUCCACUCCGACGCUGGCUCAAUCAUGGUCAUUCCCCGCGAGGACAACAUGGUCCGCCUCUACGUCCAGAUCGCCUCCUCCACCGACGCCGAUUGGAACCCUCGAAAGACCGCGACUGCCGAAGAGGUCCAGCAGACCGCGAAGAACAUUCUGAAGCCAUACUGGAUCGAGUGGGACCGAGUUGAGUGGUACUCUGUCUACCCCAUUGGACAGGGUAUCGCUGAAAAGUACACCCUUGACGAGCGAGUCUUCAUGGGUGGUGAUGCUUGCCACACUCACAGCCCCAAGGCUGGCCAGGGAAUGAACACUGCUUUCCAUGACGCACUCAACAUGGCCUGGAAGAUCCACGCUGUGGAGAGUGGCUUUGCCAACCGUUCUAUUCUUAGCACCUACGAGAGCGAGCGCAAGGAUAUCGCUGAGACUUUGCUGAACUUCGAUUCCAAGUACGCAGCCCUAUUCUCCAAGCGCCGUCCUUCUGCUGGUGAGGUUGGUUCUGCCAGCCACACUACUGUGGGUGCUGGUGGGGAGGAGGACGAAUUCGUCAAAACCUUUAAGUCAUCUUGCGAGUUCACCAGUGGAUACGGAGUGGCCUAUCAGCCCAACAUCUUCACCUGGGACGCAAGCCACCCUGCCAAGUCCGCUCUGUUUAAGAUUCCCGGCGUUCAUCUGACUGCGGGUCGCGCUUUCACCCCGACCACCGUCACCCGUCUUGCAGAUUCCAACUUUGUCGAGCUUGAGCAGGAAGUGCCCGCUAACGGUGCAUUCCGCAUCUUUAUCUUCGCUGGCAACCAGUCCAAGACCAAGAAGGCCAUUGCCGACCUUGCUGCCAACCUAGAGAAGGAGCGCUCCUUCCUUUCUGUGUACCGCCGGUCUGACAUUACCGAUGUGUCGUUUUUCGAGCGCCACAACCCUCACUCUAAGCUCUUCACCCUGUCUGUAAUCUACGCAGGCUCCAAGAACACCAUUGAUGUGGACUCCAUCCCCCAAGUCCUGCGCGACUACCACCACCACCUCUAUGCCGAUGAUAUCCCCGAUGUGCGUGUUCCCCAGGCUCAAUUUGCGGCCCACGAGAAGCUGGGCUUCGAUGCCGAGAAGGGUGGUGUUGUAGUCACCCGCCCCGACAGCCACGUUGCUUGCACUGUGCAGCUGGUUGAGGGAAGUGGCACUGUUGACGCUCUCAACGAGUUCUUCAACGCGUUCUCGACGAAGCCGCUGGGCCAGGAGUCUCAACAGAGCCGCCUGUGA